UGUGAAUUUGUGGAUCACCAGCAGGUAAAUUGUGAUAGGUGUAUAACUGUGUCUGAACAUCAGGUGUUAUUUCGAUAUUCACAUACAAUGGAAAAAAUAGUGAAACUUCGAUGGAGGAUUUUAUUUCACCUAUGUUUCAUUCUAUUGUGUUUGGUAAUAUCAGGAUACGAAAGCAGAAAGAUUGAACCUGAAAGGAAUAUCCAACAUACAAAUGUGUCUCCUAAAUCUCAGACACGAGGUGUCGACGGUGGAACAGAAUCAGGUGUGAGAAGGUGUCUUGGGAAAGAAUGUGAAAAUGUGGAUAUUACUACAGAGAAAAGACAUCACAACAGUGCAUCCAGGAGAGGCACACGGCAUAUCCGAAACAGACACAGACAAAGACUUGAUGCUCUUCACAAGUCGCCAGCACUUCAUCCGGGACAUCAUGGCGAUAGAAAAACAAGAACAGAGCUUCCAAGAAAUAGCAGAACGAAUCGGAGGCGACAUCACAAGAAGAAAGGCAGGAAGCAUCCAUCUGCAUCCCAUCGACAAGAAUCACCCAGAAACCUACAGCUCAAAAAUGACGAACUCGCUUUUGAAAGAGACCCACCACAUCACAGAUCAUCUCAAAAAGAGUUAUUUCGAACAUCACUCACAGAAGAUAGUAGUAAAUCGAGAAAUCUAUCAAUAAGUGGACAAGGCUUAAUUGUCGGAGAAUCGGCUCUACCACAGAAACAUAGGGGUACACCAUCAAUACAACGACAAGGACCUCCAGAUAAGUCCUGGAGCAAUGGAGAAUGGAAUGCAAAACCAUUCUCCUUUCAGGUACAGUCGUCGUCAAGGAUACAGACGUCGUUAUGGAUAUGGACAAAGAGCGCCUGCAGCGGUCUCCAGACUGGAACAACGAAUGCGACCCAAACUAAACGUGGCGGUUCACAACCUUAAACAGACCAUGGCAAAUGUCCUUCAAAUUAUGCAAAAGAAAGUGAAAAAGGUGAGCGAACGUUUUAUGAGUAUUCACUCUGGUGCACGACAUGACAUAACAGAAGUGAAAAACCAGCUGAAGGUCAUUCAUGACGAAAACAAUCGGGCUUACGAUGCGUUGCUUGAUGUCACACAGCUCGUGCGCUUCGUGCACCUGAGGGCGUAUGAGAGACGCGUGGCACCGGUGUCCAUGAGCAUACCCCCAGAUAUGCAUUUUAAAGAUUUCAGCCAUCAAGUCAUGCUCGCUGACCAAGCACAAAGUCGAGCCAAGGCCAUGCAUAUGAUCCUAGAACGAAUUAAAAGUCGCUGUAUGGAUCAGGAGCGUCAGUAUGACGCAAUCUUCAAGAGUUUUAAAAACAGGGAUGCCAGGGCUCUCUUUGUAGAUAUUGCUCGUUACCGUCGUAGGAUUGAAACCAGACUGUACGGACAAAUCCGGGGAGACGUCCGACAGCGUAUACAUACGUACCAGCGAUACCUGAACAGUCUUACAGACCGGUACAUGGAUGCCCGAAACUACUCCUACACAGCUAACAAGGAAAUCAGAGCCGUCCAAAGGGACGUACAGAGAAAUAUAGCAUUAAGAAAUGCCUAUAUUGAAAGACGGCCACCGAAUGACCAAACCGUGUUCCAAACAAUGGCGCCCAUUACUAACAUAGAUGAAAUCGAACAACUAGCCACAGACAGCUAUCAGAAAUCCCGACAGUUAGGGCGCACGGUGGAGUCAAUGGCAAGAACGAUAAUUCCCGUAAUGAAAAAGGCAAAGGAGUUUAUAGCUAAGAGGAGCAAAACUGGAAAUAACGUGCGUUUGCAGUUGUUGGCUAUUGUUGGGAGACUGGCUGAUAUUGUAGUGAAACUCGACAGAAGAAUGGACGAAUUACGUAUAUUGCUGGCGGAUGAAGCUAUACUUCGUGAGCGAUGUGAAGACUUGGUCACGGGAUCGGGAGGGGGCGAUGAUGAAGAUAUGGUAAUCGAUUGUGAACAAUAUAUCGUCAUAUUAGGAAGUGGUGGAGAGGAGCUAAUGACUGCAAGCAUGACCACCCCUAGACCACGUCUUUCUACCACCUCCACACCUAUUACAAAGUCUACAACAUUAAAAGUAUCGACAAGUCCCUCGACACAACGUCCCUCAACAUCUUUACCUCCAUCAACGAAGUCACCUUCACUGAAAACAGUGCCGUCAACCCCACGCCCCAAAACAACAACGCCUGCCAAACCAACACCCCGCCGCCCAAAAGCGACGACGGCUGUUCAAUCGACAGACCGGCCCAAAUCAACGACGCCGACCCCGUCGACACCAAACCCUAAAACAACCACGACACCAGUUCCGUCGACGCCAAGUCCUACAACCACGACACCUGUGCCGUCGACGCAAAGGCCUACAACAACGACACAUGUCCCGUCGACGCAAAGGCCUACAACAACGACACCUGUGCCUAAAACUCAGCGUCCAUCCACAACAGUCCCGUCAACACCCCGCCCAAAAACAACAACAGCAAUCACGACGACUCAGCGUCCAUCAACAAAAGUCCCGUCGACACCCCGCCCAAAAACAACACCAAUCCCGACAACUCAGCGGCCAUCAACAACAGUCCCGUCGACACCCCGCCCAAAAACAACACCAAUCCCGACAACUCAGCGGCCAUCAACAACAGUCCCGUCGACACCCCGCCCAAAAACAACAACACCUGCCCCGACAACCGCGUCUCCAUCUCCUUCCACAACAUCGAAAAAUAUACCAAUGACCCCAUCAAUAUAUGAUUUCGAAACAACGUCGGACGACGAUGAUAUUGUUUUUAGUGGGGAUGAUAUAUUGUCUGUUGUCUCAGACAAACCUACCACAACAGUUCUUCACAGUACAGAAUCUUUCACUACCAGAACCUCGCCUGUUACCACAACUACAAACACCCCUACAACUCUGGCGAGUGAACCCACCACAGUCCCACCUCCUACCACUACUGAGUCGGUAUCUACGACUAAAAUAGACACAGCAAUAGAAAUUGGGAGCGGUAACGAAGAAUCUGACUUCGUUAUUGAAGAAAGCGAAAAGGACAAUGAAGAUACUGGAGGUUGGGUUUGGCCCUUUGGUGAUGACCCAAACGCAGGGGCUUAUCAUAAUUCAUUCCGUGACAAAUUACAGAAGAGAGCAGAAAAUGAACGAGAGAAAUCUGAUGAGCUGAUAUCAAGGUCGAUUCCAAUCAACCGCAGGCACGAUGUGAUUGUUGAGAGGUGGGGAACGGUAAACGGAAACGUAGCUAUCAUAAGAGAUUUCGUGAACAAUGCUUCUGAAAUAAAUUCCAUGUGGAUGGGCACCAGGCCAGAAAUUGAAUCCACGCACACCAGGAUAGCAAAACUAAGCUCCAAGAUCAACAAACAUGAUAUAACAAUCCGCAAUAGGCUCGAACAGGCAAAGAUGAUAGCUGAGGCUGAACUACAGAAAGCACAGAUAGACCAAAAUGGACAACAACCGUCACGUCAACAUGUGAAGAUGAUGACGGAUCUUCUUGCUAAAGUCGAAACUGUCCGAUCUAAUAUGCAUCAAAUCAAGGAGAUAACUGAAAGUCCAGAUGUCCAACCCUGCUUGACCGUACAAAGAGAGGCAACAAAACUACGUAACAACAUAGCUGAACUCCGGGAAAAGAUCGAUAGGGCUCGUGCUAUCACGUCGGCACUACCCGUGGCGGUAGCGAUGGUGGACGGAAGGGAAUACAAUGCGGAGGUGUCGUCAACAAGUGAAACCCUGUCUCCAGUGACGUCGCUAGAGGUGUGCUUUAAACCGGAGAGGUCGGCAAUGACGGUAGCCAGUUUCCAUGGAAACGGAGAAGUAGCCUAUGGUAUAGAACUCGUGGAUAGCGUACCUACCGUUUCUGUGACGGGGACAGAUGGGGAACUUUACGGUACAAUCAAAUCCUCCGUUACUUUGGAGACCUCGCAGUGGUACAACUUGCAUGUUACUAGAACCGGUCACACCAUUGAGAUGCGUACAACUCGACUGGGCAAUGAUACUGAGCCUACUCUAGAGGCAACUGCUUUCCCAGACAUGCAGGUAUUACAGAGGUCUCCGACAACUGUGCAGGUUAGCGGUUCCAGUCCCCCCGACCAGCGAAGUGCUAAUGUUUCUGGGUGUAUUGGAAGCGUCAUAGUCAACGGACAAGCUGUUGGAUUAGCCAAUACAGGCAACACGACUCAAGCCGUGAGGACCUGUACCUCUAAAUGUGGUUGGCCCACUUCGCCGUCGAUGGUGUUUGAUGGUGAUGGAUAUGUACUGUUUCCUAUGUCCAUCUUACGUCCCUACUAUCGAGUUGAUAGUCUAUUUCUGAAGUUUUCUACCCGCCAACGAGAAGGUGUCCUGCUCCUCCUUAAUGACCAGCGACAGCACCUGCAAAUGCUACUUUCCGUUUCUGAAGGUUCCAUACACAUGGAAGCGAGAACAAAGAGGGGAACGACUGUUCUGAGGAGUAAAGAAAAUAUAUAUGCUGAUGGAUUAUUCCACGCUGUGGAGGUGAAUGUACAAACAAAAGAAAUAGAAGCAACCCUAGAUGGCGUUCCAGAGACCUUUACACCUGAGACUUUUACACAAGAAAUUCCUCUUAGAAUUGAUGACGGCAUUUAUGUUGGUGGAUUAGGUUUGACGAGUCAAAUAAUUGGUGGUAAAACUAAGCUCAGAUCUCUCACCGGCUGUAUCUCAAAACUACGCAUUACAGAUAGAGAUAUCCCCAUGUACAUGUUACAGGAAAGCAAGAACGUGGUGUAUGGAUCGUGUUCGGAUAGUCUUUGGCAUCACUGUGUUCAGUUCGUGGACAUAAGUACCCCGGUGACGUUGGAAGACUUGUUGGAAUCAAGUAGAAUUUAUGUGACCGUCAGUGCCGGUGCGGUGGGAACAAUUCUGAACUACAAACGGAAAGAUAAAUUCAAUAUCAACAUUGACCUAGACGUUGCUGGUGUGACCAUUACCGAAAGCGUAGUUGGAAACGAAGAGAAGCUUUUUACUACACUCAAUCAUGAGGAUAGAUGGGUGACCCUAGUCAUAGAGGAUUUAACGGACAGCGUAAAGGUCAGUCUUAAUGGGACAUCAGUGACGCUCCAGCAUAAACAGAAAGGCUGGUUUGCUGCGGGAGGUGACGAUCCACCAGAAUACCAGAUCACAAUAGGUGGAGAGCAGGGUGAUGAGGUGGCCUCUCUAAACGGAGGAAUAGCGCGUGUCAUCGUUAAUGACGUGUUCGUCGACCUCGCGUCGUCUGCUAAUGACCACAACCUACAGGGAUGUGAGAAGUUGAUUCCCGACUUACUGGAAAUGGAAAAAGACAUGAAACCAGUAUGUUGAUCAGGUCAUUCCGAACGACUUAUCUGCCCUGAGACCGUUUUGUAUCUGACUUGCAGGAUUGGUGUUGCAUAUUACUCCUUAGGAUGAACAUCAUUAAUAACGGAAUGAACUGUUUGUUGUGCAUUUUAGAAUUUGAUAUUUAAAAAAAUACAAACAUAAUAUGAAAUCUUGAAUUAUAUCGAUAAUCAUGAUCUACACACAUUCGUUUCGUAAUAUUUUAAUGCCAAAAGCACUAGAAUAUGACAUCAUAAGCAUUAUCAUUAUUCUUUUAUAAUAGUUUGAUAAAAUAUAACAACCCUAUCAUAAACGUAUGUGUUUCUACCAUUUCAACAUGAACACUACCUUGUUCCAAAAUGUCGACAACACUCCAGACCGAGUAGGGUGUGUCACUAUUCUAGAUUACCGUGUUAUCAGUCUUGUGUUGUAAAUGAUGCAGUUGAAAUCCUUAUCAAAAUCAUGUGUCAAAUUAUGGCAUCAGUGCUGCUGUGUCCUUAAUUUAAAACUAUUGCACUUCGUAUUUUGCAGAAAUAUUGAAGCCUUAUUUUAUUUUCAAGAAUCAGAUAUAUAUAUUACCGCUCUGUGAUGCGUCAAGUUUGCUUAAAACAAAAGUAUCGACCAAAGGAUAAAACGUUCACUUCUGAAAGGAACAAUAUAAAGCCAAUAUUCCUCAAUAUACAUUAAACAGCUUGAGUUCAAUAUACAUUAAACAGCUUGAGUAUGAUGUGAAUUACAAACGGUUGUUAUGGUUUCCCAUGUAUACGUAUAAAAUGUACGUCAUUUGAACAUGGGUAUCUUUUUUUACAUUUCUUUGUCGCACAAAGUUCAUACUUCCUGCAUUCGAAGGUCGGAUGUUUUUAACACAUUUGCCUAUGCUGAUUCAUAAGUUAAAAAUAAAAAUACACGAGGUCAGAAGUUUAUGACUGAAACUUGUUAUAAACUGAUUUAAUCAUUUCUAGGAUUAACAACAAAACCUUCACUUAAGACUUAAACAAAACCGUUAUUUCAACAAAUAACGAUUUACAUAGAGUUUAUUAGAAUUAUAAAAGGAGAAUAGGACAAGGUGUGGCGUCAUCUAAUACAUCGGUGAUACCCCCAAUACAAACACAGAUCACAAAAUGUUGUGUACAUGUGUAUCAUGUUCUUAGGAGGAGAUCCUUGCGUUAAAGGGACAUUUCUUCGUUUGAAUAAAGUUUAGGUCGUCAAACUUAAAGUUACUGGAAAAAACGUAUUAUUUUUCAAAGUAGUAAAAGUUAUAAUCUUUACAUUAAUAAGGUAGUUUUACUCUCAAGAUAAAUCAAAGUUCUUCGGCGAGUAUUAAGUCCUGAAAAUUGUUAUUUCGACCGGAAGUAUCACUAAUUACCGCAAAGACAUACGGUAUUAUUAUACGAUACUCCAUUUCCUUGUACAUCUCGGCGUUAAUUUCAUUACAUGUAGGCAUAACCACUCAUAUAAUAAUCGUUUGGACAUAGAUUUCAUCAAUAGAAAUUGUGCAUGUUUCUUAUUUCCGAACGAAGGAAUGACCCUUUAAAGGUGAAGGUAUACUAAUUUAGGAUAAACUCCACACAUUAGAAAUUCAAAAAUAAGGUUAAGUCCUUAAAGCGUGUUACUUAUCACCAUGAUUCUGGUAUGUCCUGGUCGUCACCUCCUUCGAUGGAAAAAUAAAAUUUUCGUUUAAUUGUAUACACGCCAUGACGACAGCUGAGCUACAAUCUAGAUAAAACUAUAUGCAACAUUGAUAUAUAAUACCGUCGACAGCAUUGAAACCAGGCCCCAGAUUCAUCAACGUUCCAUAAGAAAGCAUUACAGAAUUAAAGACGAAAAACAUCUGAGUUAAGGAGUUUUCCCUAAAUUCUGUAUUGCUUUUCUAUGGAAAAUUUAAAGCAAACUAAAACUUUUUUUUUCAAAAAUACAAAAUAAUUUUAUAUACAAGCCCGGCUUGUCGGUCGAUAAGUAUCUUCACAUGUUUCUGUAUUUGUCUUCUUUUGAGGAAAUUAAUGGUUCAUUUUUUCAUACCAGGGUACAUCUAUAAUUGAUGUAUAUUUGAUUGACAAGGGAUAUGAUACAAAUAGUCCUUAAUAAAGAUGUUGAAGUGUUUCAUUUGUCAUAUGAUAUUUAUAACUUACAUUGUUUAUUACAUGUUAAAUUAUGUAAAUCAACGUAAAACGUAGUGACCAGUAUAAAACAUACAUCUAGGAAAUGCCUUCUAGAUAAACCAUUGUCUGACUUAUUAUUCAAACAUACGAGAUUGUCUCCCUUCGUUCAACAAGGGCGUUUGUGAUUUCAUCGUAAUCAAACAUAUUUAUGACGCCGAUUUGCGCCAUAUCCCUCGUGUCGAUUUUUUUUUUAUUUUGUGGUAAGUGAAAAUAAAGUUUAACUUGAAACUCCUUCCUAAUAAGUUGUAGGUUUAUCAUGGAUGACUAGGCUGUUAUUGUGAAAUUAUGUUUAAUAUCAAAUUAUACCAAUCCACGAAAAUAAAUACAACGAUUUUGGCUAGAAUAUUAGCAAUUUUGUUUAAAUUUGACCAAAACCAAAAAGUCUGUACCACACGACGUUCUAGUUCCAGGUCAAAAUCGAAAGUACACAGGAACAUUCUAUGUAUGUAGAAUAUGAUUUUUAUAUAUUGUAUUAAGUUAUGGCUGUUUUUAUAUGUUUAUAUUUAUGGUUAUUUUAUCUCGUUUGUAAGCCAUGUAAUUAAGAUUGGAGUUGAAUAUUUAUGUUUCAAGAGUGAAAUUAUCAAGCAAACUUGAAAGUUAUACGUUUUAAAGCCGCCGGUCAAAACUAUAAUACAUAAUGUAUAAUUUGUAUUUGGUGAAUAUGUAACGAGUUGAUUGAUAUUUCUUUAAAAGAGGCAAGUGUUACAAUGAACCGAUUUUGCCAACUGAUAAGAGAUUGAAAUAAAAUUUGAUGAUGGAAUAAUA